UUUUUGUGGCUCUUUGAACCUGCACAGGGUCUUUGUUAGGCAGCGUUAUAUUUAUUCAGCAGCCAGCUGCUAACAGCGGCUCUUGAAAGGAGAAGAGCAAACGAUGGCCCCCGUUCGCGGCAUUCCUGCUGAUAUCCUGGCGCUCAGCGUGCCUAUCCUCUUCGCAGGCGGCGCCUUUUCAACUAUGGUAUACCGCAUUUUCAGGGUCGACCCGGAGCAGACUGCGGGCAUCACGCCGGAUACCAAGGAGGCCGUUCAGAGGGGCGAGACCUACAGGAACUCGAUUCGUCAGAUGUUCGUGGGCCGGUCGAGAAGCAUUUUCGACAACGAUGUGUCGGUCCAGUAAUCGUUGUUCCAACGCGAACUCAUGGAAAUGCUAGGCCUGCGCAUGAACCUAUUUGGCAAACAUGCGAGUAUCCCUCAGUUAUUGCUCUGGUGAGAGUGAUGGUAUCCUUGCCUAGGAAAGCAGGAGGAUAUAGGCUAUCUCAGGCACCCUAAAGGAGCAUCAGAUGGAUAUCGCUGGAAUAGCGCUUCGUGUCAAUUAUUUCCACUAUGACUCCAUGUUACUAGGACAUAAUUGGCAAGCCAUGAAGGUUUGUGUGUCGUAGUAGCUAAGCACUUCUAUAUUCAAUUGCCUUCAUAUGAUUUGUUGUCCGUUCGGGGUCGAAGGUGUUUGUUUGGUAAAGGUUUGCAUGUGGGUAUUUGCAUUUUACUCGUGCCCUAAUUUUUGCAUGUUCUUCUGACGAGCUGUAUGUACUAUGAUAUGAACAUGGUGAACUUUAUACCUUACGAAAUUGGCUUCUGUAAACAUUAUCCAUAACAUU